AUGGCAAAAAAUUCUGCUAAAGCCGGCAAGAAAGCCUCAUCGCCAAAAGUAGCCACUAAGGCUUCCCCUAAGGCUUCUCCAAAACCUUCUCCAAAAGCUUCCCAUAAGCGUAAGAAAAAAACCACUUCUCCCACUAAUAAAAAUAGCAUAUAUCAUGACACUCCAAUCUACGAUAUGCUUCAUGAAUUCGAAAAGGCUCCCCAUCAAUGGGCUGCUAGAUACAUUUUGGUGCUCACUGCUAUUAUUUUACGAGCCGCUGUAGGCUUGGGGUCAUUCCUGGGACAAGGACAGGGUCCUAUUAAUGGUGACUUUGAAGCUCAAAGACAUUGGAUGGAACUUACUAUUCAUCUACCCAUAAGUAAAUGGUACUUUUACGACCUACAAUACUGGGGGCUCGACUACCCACCUUUGACAGCAUUCCAUCUGUACGUUUUUGGCAAGUUGGGUUCGUUCAUCGACCCGCAAUGGUUCGCUCUUGACACUAGUAGAGGCAUUGAAGAUGCGGGAAUCAAAACAUUUAUGAGAAUUUCAAGUUUACUCAGCGAAUUGGUGCUCUACAUACCGGCACUAUUUGGUGUCAUAUCUCUUAUUGGAAAGCAACUUCGAGUGUCGAGAAUGGACCAAAAUCAUUAUAACUUGUAUUAUACUUUGCCAACCUUCGUUGGUAUUAAUUGA